UUUAGUAAAACUUCUCUUCAUAUCGUUUGCUGCAGCCGCCAUGAGACGACACUCGAGAUCCGGAAGCACCGGAAGGAUCCCUGACCAUGAUUUGGAGAAAAGCCGUGAGAUAAACGAAUACCUGAACUUCAAGGAUAAACCUAAGAAAUCAAAUUUUAUCAAAGACUACAUCAUAGAUUACACAGCGAACUCAAAUCUGCACGGUCUUAAGUAUAUCGGUGAAAAGGAACGGACUAUAGUUGAGAAAAUAUUUUGGUUGUUUGCAUUCAUCUGCUGUUUAGUGAUUUGCGCUGGACUAAUAGGAAAACUGUGGAAUAAAUGGAACGUGAAUCCCGUCAUCGUUAGCUUUGCGGAAAAUCCGACACCUGUGUACCAGAUACCUUAUCCGGCUGUAACACUGUGUUUUGAAACGAAAGCUAUGCAAAGGAAAUUUAACUUCACAGAAUACUAUCAUCUUUAUAACAAUACUGAAACGUACUCAAAUCUUACGGAACAAGAACGACACCUUUUCGAAGAUGUGUCUAUGGUUUGCGACGAUCACUUAGCACCACGAAAGGGUCGGAAAACUUCGUCUGGAUAUGAAUUGGUCAAUCACAUAACGGAGAUUUCGCCAAAUCUCACGGAUGUAUUCUUAGGUUGCAAAUGGAAAGACAUAACGAAACCCAACUGCUCCGAUUUAUUCUCGCCGAUAAUUACCGAGGAAGGCCUAUGUUACACUUUCAAUACUCUAGGAAACGAUGAACUUUUCCGAACUGAGAAUUUGCACAGCGACUAUCGAUAUUUAGAGCACGAAAACCUCGUGGGGUCAUGGUCUUUAGAUGGCGGCUAUGAGCCAAACACCCCCAUAGAAACUUACCCGCACCGAGGAUCUGGGUACGGAGCAAAAUCUGGAUUGACGAUGUUAUUGAAAGCUGCAAAUCUUGAUCUUGACUACCUUUGUAAAGGUCCCGUCCAAGGAUUUAAAAUAUUGCUGCACAACCCAGCAGAACUGCCAAGAGUAUCGCAGCAGUAUUUCCGAUCUCCAUUAUCACAAGAAGUUGUGGUAGCUGUGAAACCUAAAAUGAUGACGACUUCGGAAGGAUUACGACCAUACGAAGCGAAAAGGCGUCUAUGUUAUUUCCCGAAUGAACGCUAUCUCCGCUACUUCAAAGUGUAUACACAAGCUAACUGUGAGAUGGAAUGUUUAUCCAACUUCACGUAUACGAGAUGCGGCUGUGUACAUUUCGGGAUGCCACAUGAUUCUAACAUGUCCGUGUGCAACGCGGGCAGCAUGCCGUGCAUAAAACAUGCUCAAAUGGAGCUUGUGACGAUAGCGAUAGAAACUGGUUUGGACGACUCAUUCGAUGCUGAUGCUCUAGACAACGCAAAGAAGGUGUCCGCAAAAUGCGACUGCCUUCCAUCCUGCACCUCCAUAGAAUAUGAAGCUGAAACAUCCCAGGCGGAUUUCGACUGCCUUGCGCUUUUCAGAGCCUUUAGAUAUAAUGUUUCUGAAUUUGUAAAAGAUGUCAGCUACGCUCGAAUUAUGAUAUUCUUUAAAGAAGCACAAUUCAUAACAUCGAGACGAUCGGAACUUUACGGUCAAACAGACUUCCUGGCCAACAGCGGAGGUCUGCUGGGUCUGUUCAUGGGUUUCUCGUUUUUGAGCCUCAUCGAAAUAGUAUACUUUUUAUCCUUAAGAAUCAUCUGUGUCCUCUUCAAGCGAAAAAACAAAAAACAGAUGAUGAAUUUCCCAAAAGAUAAUCUCACCAGUCGCGAGUUCUACAAAUCAUCAAAUGAAUAAAAAGAUCUUGCUUGCUUGUUAGGAUUAAAUCUAGUUUUUUAAAUGAUUAACUUUGUAUUUCUCUAGUCUACUAUUUUGCUCUAGAAUGCGUUAUAUUCUUAUCAUGUAACAAUUUUAUGCCUCUAUCUAUUUAAAUUGAAAU